UACGUGUAUGAUGGGUAUAUACCGUACUGUGUACCACAUCAAUCGAUGGGUACACACACAUAUACAUAUAUAUCUAUAGCAACACCGGCCCGUGAUCAACACAAUGAAAUAGACCAGAACAAAUUAUGCCAAAUAUUUAAUCAUAUACUGACGCAGAAUUCAUUAACAAACCACACAGGGCUCCGUAGGCUGUUGAUGUAAGACUGCGAUAUUUAGUCCCUAGCUACUGGCACCGAUCUUAUACCCCGUGCUGUCAGCCUCGCCGGGCGCUGGGCUACGAUCGGGAACGGCACACGAGGAAUGAGAGGCCAUGGUGUCAGGAGCGUGUUACUUCACACCCCUUUAUCACAAGUGUGUGCUGUAACAUGUGAAUGAGGGGUUGGGACGUGACUUGUGGACGUGUUCUGUUCGGUUACCCAGCUUUGGUGGGGUCAUCACAGGACAGGUGCGAAUCUCAUUAGUACAGAUAUAUCUGUAACCAUGCCAACCGGAUGUAGCAAGUGGUGCUCUCUGACAUCAGACACGUGAUGGACUAAUCCCAAGGCUAUGCCAGAUGACACCAGACUAAAAUGUCCAUCAUCAGCCAGGAUAUCAAAGUCGAACAUGACGUGAAAUAUGGAGCCACCCCCAAUAACAAUGAGGACGAUUUGGAAGAGGAGGAAGCGGAAGUGGAGGUCGUCAAUGGUGACAGAAAGAUUCUAAUUUUCAAGGCCCUCGCGGUCGUCAGCACGUGUAUUGCUGUUAUUCUACUGGCUACCGUGAUAGUCUUGGGCAUAUUUUACCAGAGAGCACCCAUAUGUGAUCAUGGGUUUCCACGAAUUCCAAAUAAUCUCGAUAAACCAGAAAUUUUCGACGAACUGACAGUGUCAGAGUUAGAAACUGUCAGGGAUUACUUAAUCUCCAGAAAAGAAUUAAAUCUCAUGCCUUUUGACGCAGCAACAAUAAACAGUAGUUACAUUUUUAUGAUUGACUUAUUGCUUCCGUUGAAGGCAGCCGUUUUAAAGAAUUUAGAUCGCGGUGGAAGACAGCCUCUUCGGACAGCCAAGGUCGUGAUAUUCCGCGGUGAUCUUCGACCUCCUCGCGUUGAGGAAUAUCACGUGGGGCCCAUUCCCCGACCUACGUAUGCCCGUCACGUAACGAAUCCAUCGUAUACCAGGUCACGAGUACCAUUCACCGCCCGUCCUGUUAGUGAAAUAGAAUAUAAAGCCCUGUACGAACACCUGGAGCAGGUGGGAGAACAAUUGUAUUUCCUUCUGCGCGACAGUUACAAUAUGGCCUAUCACAAUUGUACAAAGGGUGCGGAUUGUAUUAUAUUCAAGGACACGGCCCCAAGAGGGUUGAAGAGCGGUGAUCGCAAGACAUGGUUCUGGGCCUUCCGUGACAUAGAGGGUUCUGCCCUUCACCCUCUUGGACUGGAGAUCCAGAUAAAUCACGAGUCUAUGGACAUCGCACAAUGGCACGUCGCUAGGAUCCUUUACAAUGGCUUCCUCUUCUACUCGGUGGAGGAAUUGAUGGACAAAUACUUAGACAAUCAAAUUAAAAAGAUCACGAUUAAUCCCGUGGGAUUUAAAGAACAUCUAUACUCCUCGUAUGUAAAAAGGGGGAAGACAAACGCAGUGCCUUCGCAAGGUCCGAAAUUGGUCGAACCAAACGGUAGGCGAUACAUGGUAGUAGGCAACCAUGUGAAAUAUAUUGAUUGGGAUUUCCACGUACACAUGCGAUCGUCGACAGGACUGCAGAUCUUCGAUGUACGAUUCCAGGAGGAACGUAUUGUCUAUGAAAUCUCAUUACAGGAUGCAGUUGUUAUGUACUCUGGAUUUGGACCGUCUCAAAGUUCUACUGUUCAUUACGACACUAGCAUGUUAAUGGGCAGGUUGGCUUUUGAGAUGGUCCCUGGUGUUGAUUGCCCGGAUACUGCAGUCUUUUUAGACACGCACCAUUUUGUGGAUACCAGCAUACCGCGAAAAUUCAAAAAUGCUAUUUGCAUAUUUGAAAAUAAUGGCGGGAUACCAAUGCGACGCCAUUACGAGAGUGACAAACGAGGUGGCUUUAAAAGUUAUGGUGGGCUCGUUGACAACCACCUUGUAGUUAGAACAAUAGUUAGUAUAUGGAGUUAUGAUUUUAUUUUCGAUUACAUUUUUCAUCAAAAUGGUGCGAUAGAAGUGAAAGUGUCACAGACCGGUUAUAUACAAACGACGUAUGCCUUGCCGUACGAGUCGACGUUCGGCUAUAGAAUACACGAGUUUGUUAUAGGUACGCUACACCAACAUUUAUUUCAUUUUAAAGUGGAUCUGGAUAUUAACGGACCUCGAAAUAGAUAUGCAACGCUAGAAACGUCAGUCAUAACGAAGUCUAGCCAGUGGUACAGAGAUAGAAACCACACCUAUAUAGGGUUUCAGAAAGUAGACAGAAAACGAGAAAAUGAUGUGAUAUACGAGACCGGUGGCGAGUCGAAACAGAGGUUUGAUAUCAUCUACAACAGGUACGCUACAAGCAAAUUCGGAUCAAACCGAGCUUACAGGAUAUUUAACAUGGCAAUCUCAGAUCUUUUCCUGGAGGACGCCGAUGUUGCGAACGCCGCAAGAUGGGCCAAGUACCCUCUUGCCGUGACACAGUUCAAGGACACUGAGGAAAUGUCCACAUCUAUUUACGCCCAGAAUGACCCAUGGCAACCAGUGGUAGACUUCGAUAGAUUUCUAUUGAACAAUGAGUCUAUAGUAGACGAAGAUUUAGUUGCCUGGGUGACAAUGGGGCGAGUUCACAUUCCACACACGGAGGACGUUCCUUCCAACUCGAUAACUGGUAACCAGUAUACAUUUUUUCUGUUACCGUUUAACUAUUUCACAGAGUGUCCGAGCAUCGGAUCUCCUAACGCUGUCCGUAUUCAGCCGGCACUGCCUCCGGACGGUAACAAAGUGGACACAUUCGGCACUUCGUUCGAGUCCACGUGCGUGCAGAAGUCCGUUGGUCCAUUUGAAUACAAUGGUCGUUGGGACCACGUGGUCUCGGACGAAGACUAGGCAUUUUAAUUUGAUCUCUUAUGCAAAUUUUAUCGUAUAUUUAGUAAUAUUAAACUAUUUAAAAUAUC